CACCACCAUUGAGAUGGAGGUUGUUGGAUACAUCCAAUCCACAGCAAUGGAAAGAUUCAAAUAAUUUAAAGAAAGCAGAUAUAGCGCACCUCACAGUGACUCAUAAGGCAGUGGGCGGAGCAGCGAUAGAUAGCGAUACCCUGCUGGAGAGCACUGUGGCUGAAGAAAAGAGGCUUUGUUCACACGGGCCAAGUAGUGACAGAAUCACAUAAUCUAUUCCUGGAUGGAAGAGACAUUAACGCUGUUCAGACAAGAAGAUGAUGAUUGAAUUGUAACCUCACUAAAAAACCUAUUAAACAUAAGAGUUUUUAUAUGUCAAGUUGAGGAUUACAUUGUUCCACAUUAUUUUAUUGAACUUUUUUGAGAUUGUUACAGGUGCUACAUUUCUACACCCUCCUUUAUAUGAAGGCACAUAUAUUAUGUUCCUUUCUAAUUAAGCGUGCUACACAUCCACUGACUUUCCCAUGAGAUGAAUGGGUCUUGUUACUGGUCACUAUAGGCAUCUAUGCUGGCAGCAGUGGGAGGGAGGGGAGGGGGGGGGGGAAGCUGUCCUGCAUCAAUGCGCCUGUUGAUCAGAAAAGACCACUAGACUGCUAAUGACACGCUUCACUGAUCAGACCAGGAGAAAAUAAAACUCAGCUUCCAGCUCCGUUCCUAUUUAAGCAGGACGUCCGCACCUAUCUUCAGCCUACCCCAGAUACCACACCUGUCUGGAGUCUUCGGGCUGCGGGAUCCCACCAUGGUUUGGACUGCUGCUCUCCUCACGAUUGUGAUUUCAUACGUUAAUUCAGAGGACUACUGUUACAGCGAGCCACACUGCGAUCCUUAUGCAUGGGGAGACAUGUUCCCGUCUUGUCACCCUUUACUUGAAGAGCAUCACUCGCCCAUCAAUCUGGACCACCAGAUGACCAGAAACGAGUCUCUGAGAUCUUUACAUCUGGAGGGCUUUGAUGUGAUCCAACCGGGCCACUGGGCGCUUAAAAACGACGGACACUCUGGUGAAUACACCACACAUCCUGUCGUGACCCUGUAUAUUAUUGUGUUGGUGAUGACACCUUUCUGGUUGUUCUCAGUCGUGCUGCAGGUUGGUGGUGGCAUGUCAGUGAGCGGUGGAGGUCUUCCAGGUGUUUACCACACUAUCCAGCUGCACUUCCACUGGGGAGGCCCGGCCACUAACGGAUCAGAGCACACGGUGGACAGACGCAGAUACCCGAUGGAGAUGCACAUAGUCAACAUGAAGUCCAUCCAUCCGAAUCUGACAGAGGCCUUGGGCGAUCCAACAGGACUUGCUGUUCUUGGAUUCUUCAUUGAUGUUGUUUACGCAGACCAUGUGCACUUUGGACUCGUAUCCCAAAAGCUGUCCUCUGUCGCUUAUAAAGGCCAAACUACUAAAAUCGAGCCAUUCCCGCUGAUGAACCUUCUGCCAAAGCACAACAUGAGUCAGUAUUACCGGUAUUACGGCAGCCUCACCACCCCUCCAUGUUCUCAAGUGGUUGUAUGGACUCUGUAUGAAGUCCCCAUCUACAUCUCAUGGUCCCAACUGGCUCAGUUUACCUCACAGAUCUUCUCUACAGAGGAGGAUGCAGAGCAGGUGACACCUCUGCAGAACAACUUCAGACACAUCCACCCUGCCUUCAGUCGCAUUGUCUCCGUGUCCAAAGAUGCCAAACUCCUCACAGGGACGGCCAGUCGGCCCCUCAGCUCAGAUGUGUCACUGCAUCUGCUUCAAAUCAUCUUGCUGGGAAGCUUUAUUUCUGGACUCUAACACCACGUUAAGUCCAAAUCAUGAAACACUGCAUCAAUAAACAAAGAUGUACUUAUACAAAAAUGACAUUUAGAUGAUGUCCAGCAAAGAAAAAAUACAUGAAACAAACUAUGAAGAAAAGUACUGUAAACUGUUGAGUUGUUACUAAAAGUUUCAUGAUUGUGACCUGCUUUCUGCAGGAUUAACUCUAUUGAGCUAAACAAUGUGAUAAAAUACAUGCAUCAUUAUUAACAGUUUAAAAUAAUGUGAAUUUAGCAUUGAAAUGUGUUUUGUGAUGGCAGCGAUGUGUGCAUUAAUGACCGUAGGCCUUUUGCGGACACAGCAUCAUUUUGAAAAAGGUACAAUCCUAAUACUAUAUAUUGUCUUUUCAUUUGGCUUUGGGUCAGACAUUGUAACUCCACAAAAAUAUGGAGAAAUGUUAGUGAUAGUCUAAAUCGACAGGAUUCAUUUAGAGGAUUGCUCCGGUGGCAGAUGUCCCUUAUUUUCGGCCGGAUGUCCCUCACCUUCCGCUUUGUUUGAGUUGGCAUUCUAAACUCUGGUCGAUUUAUGAGAAUAUAGCAGAUCUCUGCAGUGUAAAUCCAGACAGUUAGCUAGACUAUCUGUCCAAUCUGAGUCUUAUGUUGCAUGACCAUUGACUGUAAAUAUUAUUAAUAAUAUAUACAGUCUAUGUGCACGACUUAAACAACUU